AUCGAGAGCCGAGGCGUACAUAUAUAAUUCUACAACUCUACUCUGGCCUACCCAAGUCAAUCACCAGCAUACUCGCAUUGAAAACAUCGUUGGCAAUGCUCAAACGAACGCUCCUCGCUCGGGCGAAGGUGCCAAAGCCCAUUAUCGCCCCCUCCGCCUCAAUACACCAUUUCAGCCGCCACAAUUUCCGACCGUGUCCGACUCUGCAUGGAAAAGAGCGAAAUACAAGAUUUAUCUCUUCCGAUUUGGGCCGUACGGACCCUCCAUCACUGUCAGAACCAGGAGUCACAACUCCAGAGGCGAAAGAGCCUGCAAGUGUCGGUGAUGUCUCGAAACCGGUCGAGACUGCAAGUAGAGCAGUCGAAGGAGAAACAUCGUCUUCACCUUCAUCAUUUACAUCUGGAUCCUCCGAACUGCUGCCAGCGUGGAAAGAUCUUCCCGUAUCACCCGCCAUUCUCGAACGACUCGCAGCGAGCUUUCCUCAUAUCACCACCCCAACCCCCUCUCAACGGCUGUUCCUCCUCUCUGUACUAUCCGGGAACGAGGUUUAUCUGAAAGAUGGCAUGGGGAGAGGAAAGUGAGUUUAUAUAUGACGAGUACCGAGUUCGAUGCUCAUGUCUACAGAACGCUCUCUAUAUCACUUGCUGCUUUGCAACUAGCGUUGGAUGCACAGGCCAAGAGUAAGAAGGCAGGGUCAGGGCCUAGCAUAAUACUUGUCGUCCCCUCGCCUCACUUGGCUCAUCAGAUCUGUGAUCACCUCACUAAACUAUGCCCUCCGCUCAAAUCCUCCAACGACCCUCUACCUUUCGCUUUGAUCACCCCCGAAAUCACCCGCAAAGGCGAAAGUACCCCACUCAGACAACUCCCCGACUCUCCUAUUGUGGUAGGCACUGCCAAGGCUUUCUACCAAUAUAAUCUUGAAACGCCUGCCCUCACGCACGUCUUCUUGGACGAGCCAGAUACCAUGGUCGGCCCCAUCCCCUCCCGCUUCGCCAAAUCCGUCCAUACCCACCCCCUCAUCCGCCACCCACCUCCAAUCGUCCACGUAGUCACUUCCCUGCUCCGGAUAGGCAUUGACCGAGAUGGGCAGCUAGACUUUUCUGAGCGUCGCAAUGGUGUCAACAUGGUCAUGACCAGCGCGACAAUCCAGAAAGACUUCAAGCGAUUCUGCAAGACGCGCGGAUGGAUACGGAGAGGGAACAGUGUGGUGGAUCUGGAUUUCUCUCUUGGGGCGUCAGAUCAGCGGCGAGCGUUCAGAGAGCGACUGCUUGCGGUCAUAGGCUCGCCGCCUGGUACGGACCCCAUUGCUGCCGCGCGAGCAGAACAGCAUCAGCCCGAGCAUCAUGUGCUUUUGAUUGAUGGAGUCACGGGCGAUCUCGUCCCGCUGGAUCCUUCAGGUCCUCCCGCAAGACUGAAUCCUUUACCGGCGUCUCCACAAAGACAAAACACCCUCCCAUCUUAUAUGGUAGAGUCUCUCGCCCUACUUCACUCUACCUCGCCUCCGCCACCAGGCAAAUAUGUUCUUGCCCUCCCGCCGCAAGAAAUCAGUUUACCCGAGUUGGGCAGGGAAUUAGCCUCCCUCGGUAUCCCUACCUCUAUCCUCACGCCCGAGACACUUCAUGUCGGCAUCCCAUCUUUCCCCUCUGAUAUACUUCCACCAAUCUUCCUGGCGGCACGUUCUUCCGUGCCAGGGCUUCACCUCCAAGAUUUGUGGAACAUCUACCUUCUGAACGGGCUGGAUAUCGGGUCAUUGACGCCUUCGCAGCGAAAGAAUAAGGGAGAGGUUGAGAGGGUGGUGUUUUAUGAUACGGCUGCGGGCCGUCUAGGGAGGCUGGGGACAGAUUCGACAGCGGGCACGGAAGGGGAGAGACAGAAGGUUGUCAGUCUGGUGAUGGCUGGGGGACAGGAGCACACGUGGCUCUCGAGAUUAUUCUCUGGAGAGUUGGAAAGGGAAGUCUCCGAAAACUCCCACAAAGAGAAGACGGAUAAAAAGAGGAUGCUAAAGCAGUGGAAUAUGGAGGUGCUGAAUGCGGCCGUGGAACACGAGCUGGGGACAUUGUAGUGGACAAGAGAUAGCCAUUGGGCAUCGUAUGCAUCACACCACUGACGUACUCGAUAGACCCGAGUGCCCAUUCGGCCGCAUACAACAGCUCACUAACCCGAUUGCGCACGUCUAUUCGAAUGCCUUCCUUCAUUAGCAGGGAAUACUUCUCUCUCUCAAGUCGACCGGAAGGUCUUCUA